AUGGCUCUCGUUCCAGCAGCCAUCCUGUUGGCGGGCUGGUGGGAACAGGUUUCGCGUAAACUUCCCGAUCCCUACCUCGACGAGGUGUUCCAUGUCGGUCAAGUGAGACAUUACCUGGCGGGCCGAUUGAGGGUGUGGGACCCCAAAAUUACCACACCUCCCGGCCUCUAUCUACUCUCCUACGCCGUCUCUCCCGCCGACAGCUCCUUGAGGACACUCCGGGCCCUGGGUCUGGUCUGUUUACUCAUUAUCCCCGGCAUCGUCAUCCUUUCCUACACGCAGAGGCAGCGUGGCAGACGAGAGCCAUGGGCAAAGACCCACAACGCCGUCAAUAUCGCUCUGAUGCCCCCACUCUUUUUCUUCUCCGCUCUUUACUAUACGGACGUCCCGUCGACUCUCUCCGUCCUUGUGUUCUAUUCCGCCUUUCUUUCUGCCGACCAGCAAUUGACAUGGUGGAAAUAUCCUAUGUUGAUCCUCCUCGGCCUUGCCAGCCUCCUCUUCCGCCAGACCAACAUCUUUUGGGUGGCUCUCUUUCCCGCUGGCUUGUCUCUUGUCCGUCUACUCGAUCAAGGUCCUGAUGUCGCUCGAAACUCAAUGUACAAACGAGCCGAUGGCUUCGGCGACAGCUUCAUCAGUGUGCUAAGGACAAGUUGGAGGAUGAAUGUCGUUUACGACCCUUCCGUGCGAGAUGCUUGGCUCGAAGACUACUUCAAAACCGUGAUUUCUCUCGCAGUGUGUUUGAUCAGACUUGCCACUCAGCCUCGACGGCUCGUCAACGUUCUGCUCGCCCUGGUCCACUAUCUGGCCAUCAUCGCCGCCUUUGCAGCCUUUAUCAUCUGGAACGGCGGCGUCGUACUCGGCGACAAAUCCAACCACGUCGCCACCCUCCACCUCCCGCAAAUGCUCUACAUCUGGCCCUACUUCACCUUCUUCUCCUGGCCCAUCCUCUUACCCUAUCUCUCCACGCUUCCCCUCGGGAUCGUGGCAAAGAUAUCCCAAUUCGCCCCACUGGAAUCCAUGCUCGUCUUCAAACGCCGACACCUGGUACCUCGAUUUUGGCUCAUGCUUGCCUCCGUCAGCCUAGCCUGCCUUGUUGUUCGCUUCAAUACUAUCGUCCACCCUUUCUUAUUGGCGGAUAAUCGACAUUACACCUUCUACGUCUUCCGGCUGCUAACCCGGCGCUGGUGGGUGAAGUACGCAGUCACUCCCAUCUACGUCGUCUGCGGCUGGGCAACUAUGCAAGCACUUGGCGCCAGGCCAUUCGAUACACCGUCCGCACAACCAACCUCAUCAAAAACCAAACCACCACAAAAACAAUCCUACCAACCAGACCGCCAUCUCAUCCCGACCGGCCAAACAUCCGCCAACAUCUCCUUCGUCCUCGUCUGGCUCGCCACAACCACCCUCCAGCUCAUCACCGCGCCCCUCGUCGAACCGCGCUACCUCAUCCUGCCCUGGAUUUUCUGGCGUAUGCACGUUCCACUACAACAGUACACCGCAACUGAAGGACCCAAUUCAAGCGCCAAAACGCGUAAUCGUCUGGAUUACCGGCUCUACCUCGAGACGGCGUGGUUCCUCGUCGUCAAUGCCGCGACGUGCUACAUUUUCCUCAACUGGGGGUUCGCCUGGCCGCAAGAGCCGGGCAAGAUACAGAGGUUCAUGUGGUAG